GAAUGCGAUAUGAUAGAACUUCGAGGACAUGAUAAUAAAUAUAAAGAAAAAAGAGGGCUUUUUUGGUAUGUUAUGAAACAAAACCAAAUUUGACUGUUAUCGCAUUUGAAUUAGAGAAUCAAUCUCUGAUAGAAGAUUUAGUAACUUCGAAGAACAAAGAAACUAGAGAGAGAGAGAGAGAGAAGAGAGAGAGAGAGAGAAUUUAGGAACCCUAAUUAAAGAUUGCCUGGCCUAUUUCCAAUUUACGUGUAAUUUCAGUAUCAUUUUUUUGCACAAUUCCUAUAUUCUGCAACGGAAUCUGCAUGUAUACCUGCGGAAUUUCCCUUACUAUAGCAAAACCCCUUUAUCCAUAUUACAAUUUCUCGUCAUAUCUAUGAUCGAACACCAUUAAUAAUACCCGGUUUGAUCUGGUCGGAAUAUUUCUUCCCCUUCCAUUCCGUUGAAUUUUUGGGAUCCGGCCAGCUGCUCUACUAGCUAGGGCAGUUUUUUGCUCCUAUUUUUUUUUUUAAAUAAAAAUUGUUUCCCUUUAUUUGGGAUCGCGUGCUGCAGCAAAUCGAUUCAUUGAUUGAUAAUUUCAAUGGAUGAUUUGGAUAUACUGGCGCGGGACUUUGGUUUUGGAGCCAGAGGGAAAUCCAACCCGAUGAGAUCCAUGGAUCGUGGGCCCGUUGAAGAGCCCUCGUUCAGGGACGUAUUUGGUGAGCCCGCCAAGUUCACGCCGAGCUCGAAUUCGAAUGAUUAUGACAAUCACUCGUCAAUGAGCGAUUUCGAUUAUGAUUCUAUUUUCAAUUCUUCGGGGGCAGCUGUUCAGCCUAAGAAAGAUACUAGUAGUAAAAUAUCGACCGGUCCUGUUUACGAUAAGCCUUUAUAUGAUGAGGAUAUAUUUGAUGGGUUGCCGGGGUUGAAGAGCAAACCGGCUUCGUCGAAAGUGAGGUUUGAUGAUGAGGUUUUUUCGUCGACUUCCUCUCCACCCUCAAGUAAGAGUAGAAACCCGAAGGGUAAUUUUGAUGAUUUGUUAGGGAAUAUGGGGAAGAAUGAAAAAUCGGGGGAGAACGUAAGAACUAGCAGUGCUAAGAGCAGCUCGAGUUCGAAGGUGUUUGAUGAUUUGUUAGGUGGGUUUGAGAAUGGUGUUGCUUCUAGAGACAGUCCAUUACCAGAGUCAAAUCGGGGCUCAACAUCAGUUCGUGAUGUAAAGAAUGGGACUGUUCUGGAUAAUCCUUUUGUUGUUAAAGAAUCGAGUUCGGUCCAUGGAUCUUUGUCGUCCGGGGUAUUUACAGAUUCGGUGGAGGAAAAGAUCAGUAAGCUUGGUAAAUCUCGGAGUGCAAGGGCUGAAGCUUCAUCGGGUGGUGGUAGAGGAAUUGACGACUUGGAACCUCGUAAUAGCUUUGUAAAAGCUCCCUAUUCAUUUUCCCUUGGGAAGGAUCAAAGAGGGAAUGAAGGGAGUCCUUCAAGAUUAGCAACACCCCAGUCUGCUACUUCAUUAGAACAGAAGAGGAACUCUUCUUUUAGACGUUCCGAAAUCAAUAUGGUGAAGAAAUCUCAUGAAGACAAUUUUCAGGAACCUCCCUUAUUUGAUAUGCCAAAAUUUUCUACAGAUUAUCAGAGAUCUUUUAGUCAAACUGCUGCUGCUUCUCAAUACGUUGAUACAAGCUCAGAGGUUGAUGGGUCUCCAACGAUAUCAGGACAGGGAGAUCAACUUGAUCAAAUAUGGUUAACUAUAUCAGAGGUACCUCUUUUCACACAACCUACAGCUGCUCCACCCCCCUCACGACCCCCUCCACCAAUACCUCAUAAAACCUCAAGGUCAGAAACAGGUUCCCGUUUUCCAAGUUCAAGAAAGAAAGGUGAUGAAUUUUCUUCACCUUCAUAUUAUAGUCAACAUUCUCAGAGUCCUAAGCCGGUAAGAUCUGCAGCUAAGGGCCCUCCAGCUUCACAGUUUGAUGACCUUGAGGAUGUUGCCAUGGAUAGGUCUCAAAACAGUGUUGAUGAAAGUGCUGUUCGUCAUUCUACUGAAGAGACCAAUCCAUUCUCUACAGCUGCUGCAUCUGCUGAUGCAAUGAAGGAGGCUAUGGAGAAAGCUGAGGCUAAAUUCAGACAUGCGAAGGAGGUACGUGAAAGAGAAAAUGCAAAGGCCGCUAGAAAUAAGGAAUCUGCGCAGCUGGAAAAGAAUGAACAAGACGAGCAGGACAGAGAAUUUAGGGAAAGUGAGGAGAGAUUAGAGCGUGAAAGGAAUCAAAGGGAAGAGGAAGAGAGAGAGCAGAGCAGAACUCAGAGGGAGAUGGAGAGACAAAGAUCAAGGGAGAUUGAAAUGCAGAAGGCUAGACAGGCUGUGGAAAGGGCCAAUCGUGAGGCACGUGAAAGAGCAUCAAUUCAGGCACGCGAUAGAGCAGCAGGCGAAGCUCGUAUGAAAUUUGAAAGGGCUGCUGUUGGGAAGGCUAAUGCUGAAGCUCGAGAACGUGCUGAAAGAGUAGCAGUGCAGAGGGCACAAGCCGAGGUACGUGAAAGAGCUGCUGCAGAAGCUAAAGAAAGAGCAGAAAAGGCUGCUACAGAAGCUCGGGAAAGGGCUACUGCUGCAGAAGCAAGGGAUAAAGCUGCUACGGCGAGGGCUGAAGCUGAAACAAGGCGUCAAGCUGAAAGAGCCGCUUUUGAAAGGGCUGCAGCAGAGGCUCGGCAGAGAGCUGGUGCAGAAGCACGAGAAAGAGCAGCAGCUGCUGCAAAGGCGAGUCAACAAAGGAAUGAUGAUGAUCUGGAAUCCUUUUUCAACAUGGGACGAGCAAGCAGUGCACCAAAGGGACGGGCAAAUACAACCAAUCCCUUUUCCGAUCAGCAAUUCCCAAACAAGGAAGGGUCUGAAGCUGCAAAGAGGACAUCAUCAUCUAGUGGAACUGCUUCCAACAUGAAGAAGGCUUCUUCCACUACUAAUAUUGUUGAUGAUCUAUCUUCCAUUUUUGAUGUUGCUCCAUCUUCUGGAGCUUUCCAGGAGGUUGAAGGUGAAAAUGAAGAAAGAAGAAAAGCCAGAAUGGUUCGCAACCAACGCACUCAAGAGCGUGCGGCCAAAGCAGUGGCUGAGAAGAAUCAGCGGGACCUUCAAGUUCAGAGGGAGCAAGAAGAAAGACAUAGGUUUGCUGACGCAUUAGAUUUUGAAAUCAAACGUUGGGCCGCUGGAAAGGAAGGAAAUCUGCGAGCUCUACUGUCAACUUUGCAAUAUGUGCUUUGGCCUGAAUGCGGCUGGCAGCCUGUUUCAUUGACAGAUUUAAUUAUUGGUUCCUCUGUCAAAAAAGCUUAUAGAAAAGCUACACUUUGCAUUCACCCUGACAAGGUGCAACAAAAGGGUGCUACCCUCCAGCAGAAGUACAUUGCUGAAAAGGUCUUUGACCUGCUUAAGGAAGCCUGGAAUAAAUUUAACUCAGAGGAGCUGUUCUAAAGGCUGUCAGAAGUUCGUCAUCUAAGCUGCUGCCUCAAAGUGAACCGUUUGACGGGGUAACACAUAGCUUGGUCCAGAAGAAAAUAUGAGCAAGAUGGACCAAUGCUGCGUGUGUGCAAUUUUUUUGGGUGUUUGAAAGUGCGAGGAAUGUAAAGAAACCUCUGCUCUGCUGAAUGUUUGAACGGUUUGUACAUGUUACACCCGACUGUAUAUUUGAUGUCCAUGCUCGAGAUACAAGUGAUGCAAAACUUAAUCGAUUUCCUAGUACAGAAUACAAGUUGUUUUGAUAUCUCGCGGUGCUGUAUAACGGUUAAUCACCCGUACACUCGUGAGGUGAUUAUCUUGUCCUUGUCAGAUUCACCUUCUUGUACUUGUUACUAUUUGUUUGUCCAGUCACCCAAUUCGUUCAUCUCAGGUGAAUACGUUUUUGUUCAAAACAUGAAAAUAUCAACUGCACCAUGUGCUAAUCAUGGUUGCGAUUUAUAAGGUGUAUUGCUUGUUCAAUUAUAUGAUAUUCUGGUUCAUACCCGAUUAUUUUGCUUCUUCGGUUAAUUUGGGGAGUUGCGAU